CAGCUGGGGCGAGGGUAAGGCCCACAGAUGGGACUGGGGUGUCUGUUAGACUGGUGGGUCUGGGUAGAUCGGGGGUUCUGAGUAGCACAGAAGUAUCUGGAUCGGGAGGAUCAGACUGGCUGGAUGGGUGGAUGACUAGGUGGGCUCAGGGUGUCCGCAUAUUGGGAAUGUGUGGGUCCUGGAGACCUCUAGGGGAAGGGGCUGGCGGCUUCCCGGGGAAGCUGUAACAUGGGGAGGUGGCGCGGAGACUUCAGGGACACGAGGGAGUCAUUUUGCUCAGGCCUGAAGGGCCUGGCCACCAUCAUGGAGAAACAGAACGAUAGUAGCGGGGGGGGGGGACGGCGGAAAGUCCUCACACCAGCACUGGGAUCUCUGGGGCCGGGAGAGAGCAGAGAGGGGUGGGCGCAGCCUCCGUCUGCAGGCUGCCUUUCUCUCCAAGGCUUCACACCGACUGCAGUCAGUUCGGGAGCUGCCCUGGGGCCUCUUCCAAUAACAGCCUGAACAGGGCAGGAGAGGGCAGAUGCCCGGAUGCCAGCUCCCAGCAGCCCACACCAUGGGACAGUAGGGUGGAAAUGUCGUGCAGGGGCUGGGGUACGGCUGAGACCACCCAUCAGUGCCCCUUGUGCUGGGGAUGCUGGGAGAUGCCUGGGGAGGGGCUGUAUGGGGGUGAAUGGAGCCCUCACUGGCCAGGGAGGCUUGGAGGCUCCCAUGGAAAGAGGCUUAAGCGCUGAGACUCUGAGUCCCGGGUGACAGUAUAGAGCGUUAAGCUGAAUUCGCAGGGGUGACAGGGUUGCGACAGCAACGUGCGCUAAUCAUAGUGCCAACUUCAUCAAGCUGUGAAGAUUACAUGUAUGAACAAGCGCAAAGAGCUGAGAACAGUGUCUGGUGUGGGGUCAACAUUCAACCAGCACCUGCUCUUAUUACUAGUAUUAGUGAGAUCGUGGGGUGACAAAGCCUCAUGUGUUCGCUUUAGACUACAGGUGGUCCUUCUGCAGACCUGUGCUGGGAGCCACUAGGCUGUCCUGCUCACAUACACAUUGCAACUCUCCCCGCACCACCCCAAAUUUGAAGGGGGGCGGCCUUAAACGCCUUAGUAAUGUUCCCCAAAGCUACAGGCCCUUUUCCUGCCUGAAUGCUCAAAGAAAUGAAUGCUCAAAUUAAAACUAUCCCUCCAGGCCAGCUCUCCGACAUGCAAGAGGUGGCCCUGAGCCUGCUCGUCCUCCUGGCAGGCCUGCCUGCCUUGGAUGCCAACGACCCGGAAGAUAAAAACAGUCCUUUCUACUAUGACCGCUUCUCUCUACCUAACUCCACGUUAGAUCUCUGUCGCUUGCUGUGUAGAGACUGGAAAGUGAGUGCGGGGGCUGGAGGGCUGUCUGUUCUCUCCACUGCUGUAUCCCACAUCAGGGGUGCCUAAUGCAUAUCGUCAAGCGGUUGGGGGCUUGGAUGAGGAGGGCACGGGCUGGCACCGAGGGCCCCCUCUGGGUUUC